GGUUAACAUGACCGGACGAAAAUCUGCCAACUCAUACUAUAACACGGAAGGGGUUGAAGGCUGGGAUGAACUUAUUUACAAUAUUGUCCUAAAGCGCAGACCAACUCUAUACGUGGUGAACCUUCUGAUCCCCAGCUACUGCCUGGUUACAGUGGAUCUGUUCAGCUUCCUCCUGCCUCCUCAAAGUGUGGACCGUUCUGCCUUCAAAAUGACUCUUAUUCUGGGCUACACAGUCUUCCUUCUCCUCAUGAACGAUCUGCUUCCUGUCACCGGAGACACCAUCCCUCUAAUAAAUGUGUUUUUCUCCAUGUGUCUAGCACUGAUGGUAGCCAGUCUAUUGGAGACAAUUGUCGUUACUAAUAUUCUUUGUGGCUCGAGUGACCAUCCUCCUCUACCAAACUGGAUUAAAGUGUUGUUCCUGCAUUACCUGGCAAGAAUGGUUUGUUUGGGCCAGAAAAUCUCUGACCAGAAUUCUGCCCCCCAAAAAAACACCAUUUACACAAUUUCCUGCUCACCCGAGAAAGAAAGAAACCAAACUAUAUCCCAUGAAAAGGGCAUUAAAACACCAUUAAAUCUUGAUGGGCAAGAACUGAAGGAACUAAAGAUGCAACAUGAAAAUUUACUCGCCAUUCGCCAGCAUGUUGAUAAGCAUUUCUCUGGUGAUCAGAACUCAAAGGACUGGAUAGACUUGGGGGAGGUCAUUGAUCGAUUUCUGUUUGCUUUGUAUGUUGUUUUUCUCACUGUUAGCUUCUUCACCAUACUAAUAUUCUGGUUGUACUGGUACAGUUUAGACAAAAAACUCCUGAGAGGAUCGCUGAGAGACGACAACCCCCUUAGAAGUGUCAACCUCAACAAUGAACGAACUGCAGACUACGAUCUGGAACAGACAAGACAGGUGCAUCUGCGAAACUCUGACCACAUGACUCAGGUGGAGACUGUUGACCACCUCGAACCUCCAAAACCAGUCAGCUCCACCUUGGCUCCUUGCUCCCUCUGCUCUGCCUGGGACCAUCAUCCUUUCAGCACCACCAGGCUUCCCUGUCCCUCUACUUCGGUCGUCAGUCGUCGCUUUGCCUUCACCAUGGGAUCACCAAGGGCCCAGGCCCUUGUCUGUGACUUGUCCCUCCACCCAUUUGGCUCCGUCGAUUUCCUCCUCCCCACCAGCUCCACCUCGGUCCUUGAUCACUCCGGCUCCGCCUCAGUCCUACAGCCUCUUAGUUCACCUCGGCCACUGGUCCACACGGCUCCGCCUAGGUCUCCAGUGUCGCCCGGUCUCUAUCUCCACCGUCUUCCCCUGCCAACCGCAGAGUCUCUCCUACAAUCACUCAGAGAGAGCGUCUUCAACAAAACCCAAAUGCGGCCAGUUAUUGAUCCACAAACAGUUACAAAUAUCAGUUUGAGUUUAAUUUUGUAUGCCAUUUUGGAUGUGGAUGAAAAAGCGCAAAUCUUGGAUUCAUUUAUCUGGCUGCGGUUUGACUGGAGGAUUGAAGGCUUGAGCUGGGAUCCUGAUGAAUGUGGAACAGACAGAAUCACACUGCCAAGAAAAAAACUCUGGAGGCCUGAUCUUGUCAUCAAUGAAUUCAUGAGUGAUAACCAAGCCCCAGAGACAUAUUAUGUUUAUCUUUACAACAAUGGCAAAGCAGAAGAUCGAAUGCCAGUCCAUGUGAUAAGCUCCUGCAACCUAAACAUCUACACAUUUCCUUUUGACAUUCAAAACUGCACCUACACUUUUAACUCGUACAAGCACACAAAUAGAGAUAUUCAUCUAUCAUUUUUAGACCCAGUGGAGGACACGUUAAAAAAAUCCCUGAAGUACAUGGAGACUAAAGGGGAGUGGCAACUGAUUUCCAUAACCGGCAGAAAAACUGGCAGCUUAUAUAUUGUCAGUAACAGCCAGGAGAUCUGGGAUGAACUUGUUUAUCAUAUUGUCCUAAAGCGCAGACCAACUCUAUACGUGGUGAACCUCCUGAUCCCCAGCUACUGCCUGAUUACCGUGGAUCUGUUCAGCUUCCUCCUGCCUCCUCAAAGUGUGGACCGUUCUGCCUUCAAAAUGACUCUUAUUCUGGGCUACACAGUCUUCCUUCUCCUCAUGAACGAUCUGCUUCCUGUCACAGGAGACACCAUCCCUCUUAUAAAUGUGUUUUUCUCUGUGUGUUUAGCACUGAUGGUGACCAGUCUACUGGAGACAAUUGUCGUUACUAAUAUUCUUUGUGGCUCGAGUGACCAUCCUCCUCUACCAAACUGGAUUAAAGUGUUGUUCCUGCAUUACCUGGCAAGAAUGGUUUGUUUGGGCCAGAAAAUCUCUGACCAGAAUUCUGCCCCCCAAAAAAACACCAUUUACACAAUUUCCUGCUCACCCGAGAAAGAAAGAAACCAAACUAUAUCCCAUGAAAAGGGCAUUAAAACACCAUUAAAUCUUGAUGGGCAAGAACUGAAGGAACUAAAGAUGCAACAUGAAGAUUUACUCACCAUUCGCCAGCAUGUUGAUAAGCAUUUCUCCGGUGGUCAGAACUCAAAGGACUGGAUAGACUUGGGGGAGGUCAUUGAUCGAUUUCUGUUUGCUUUGUAUGUUGUUUUCCUCACUGUUAGCUUCUUCACCAUACUAAUAUUCUGGUUGUACUGGUCCAGUUUUAACAAAAAACUAUAAUAUCCCGGCCUGUAAGCUGUAAAUGUACGUUUAAAUCCAGAUGUACAAAUUCACUGGUCCAUCUCUUUAAAGGCUGCUCAACUGCAUACAUGGACUCCUCACACAGUGUCUUUUGUUAGCUUAUGUCUUAAAGCAGCAGAAACUUUCUUUUAAUUGCAGACAUUGCAGCAUUUGGUAGGUGCACAAGCACAUGU